UUUACUUUUCAAAAUAGGUAUUUAAUUCUAUUUGUGUUAUUAUGUUUAUCAAAUCGUGAUAUUUAAUUAAUGAAAUUGUAUUAUCAGGAGUGCAUAUAGCAUUAUAAGAUGAUGAUAUCUAGAUCCAAGCAUCGUUCGUCAAUAGAAGUUUGUUCUGAUUGUGCGGCCUCUGAUCCCUCAUGGGCUUCGAUAAACCGUGGGUUGUUGUUGUGCGCGGAAUGUUGUAGUGUGCAUCGGAGUAUGGGACGACACAUAUCUCACGUAAAGUCGCUGCGACAGGGCUGCUGGCCACCAUCACUACUCGCGAUGGUUCAGGCGCUAACAGCUCAGAAUGUGAACAGUAUCUGGGAGCACUCACUUCUUGAUACAUCAGCACCUAAACAUUUGAGGAAGAAACCAACUCCUAAAGAUCCUCUACAUCCUGUUAAAUCUGAGUUUAUCCUCGCAAAACAUCUCCGUCUUGCCUAUGUGCUGCGAGCUAGAAGGGAUGAACCACCUAGUGAAUUGGGGAGGCAAUUGCAUAGUGCUGUGCGGAGCUCAUCAUUGGACACAUGCAUGAGAUUGUUGGCCCAGGGAGCAGAUCCUAAUUACUAUAAUCAAGAGAAAGGUAGCAUGUGCCUCCAUGUAGCGUGUCGAGCGGGACAGCCUGCUCAAGCAGAGUUGCUUGUGGCGUGGGGUGCGGACGUGACAGCGCGCGACAGUGCCGGCAACACCCCCAGCGAGUGUGCUCGGCUGGGCGGUCACAACGAGCUGGCAUGCCGCAUCACGGAGCUGGUGUAUGAGGCCACGGACCGCAUGAUCUACUUCCUGACGGGUGAGAGGCCCGACCACGCCGGCGGCCGUCACUACAUCGUGCCGCGUGCGCACGACACGCACGAGAUGACCGACGUCGCCAAAGCUGCCAGAGGGAAGCUGCAGUUGCUUCCCAAUCACCUUUUCGAGGAACUGGUUAUGGACAUUUAUGACGAAAUAGACAGGCGAGAAACGGAAGCCGUAUGGCAAACCAGCGCAACAGGAUUGGAGCGAUGUGGUGUGGCAUUCCUGCCGGUGAACCCUGCGCUGUCCGCGCCCAGGAACCAGGGUCGGCAGAAACUGGCGCGGCUGUCGGCGCCGGAGUUCGCCACGCUGCUGAGAGACGUGCUGGUGGAUGCGACUCGCAGACAAAGGAUCGCUUCUCUACAUCCACGAGGAAUGACGGGUCCAAUGAAUCCUCUUCUCUCCGCCAGCCAUUUGAAGCACAUGUCCCACAUGUCGGACGACGAGCCGCUCUAUGACUCGGUCGCAUCCGAUGACGAUUACGCUGCGCUUGCGCCGAUCGAGCUUGAUAUGUCCAGUUUUGACCCAAAAGCGGGCGAAACAGUAUCAUCCAGUUACAAUCCAUCGCUGCCAACAGAACAAACAGACUCAACCGCAACACAACCAAAAGAAGAAAUCGAAACAUUAAAAAAAGAACUCGACAGCCGAGACUCAACAAUCAACGAACUAAAGAGUCAGCUGAAAAACUUACAAAGCAUUGUAGAACAAUUGACUAAAGAAAACAGCGUGUUAAAAACAAAUAGUAUUGACGAUGAUAGCAUUAUAUCACAGCCUUCCAUUGAAGAUGUGAAACCGGAGAGGGGAAAGAGUUUGGAGCAACAGUUGAAUCUCACGGAAGAUGAGGUGAAAAUGAAGAGCCAAAGGCCGGUCAGUAUGUAUGAAACUAGAGAGGGACCAAAGAAUAACUGGCAGGUUACUAAACACCAGUUGACGAGUAUACCUGGUCUAGAGCGGUCGCUCACCCAGGGCACACUGGAGGGCGUGGCCAGUAUGCUGGACAUAGACUGCGUGAGGGAGCAACUGUCUGUCGAGGUGGUCCAAGUGCGCGCGGAGGCCGUGACCCGCGCCAUACAGGAGCUGUGGUGUGCGGCCCGCUCACACCGCUCGUUGCCAGACAAGGCUGACUCCAUCCGCAGUGCUACCGGCUCUCUACUGGCACUCUUUCCACAGAAGUGCGAUGACCCGUCUCUCCAGCAUGUGGUAGACGAGCUCCGGGCGGCCAGUGAGAAGGUGACCCUGGCUUGCACGAGCCAGGCGCCCCUCGACCACGUGCGCACGGCCGCCUACGACCUCGCUAAGGCUACCAAGCUCUUGGUGACACACUACCAGCCCACGUAGCGAGCGGCCAUCCGCUACACAACAGUGUAGUGGCUUCUAAACUGCUGCCUCUUCCUCCCGAUCACAAACGCUGUUGGCUUUAUUUUUAAUCGAGUGAAGUGAGCAAGUGAGAACUUGAAACUAAAUGCAUUGUGUUUUUUUAUUUUAAUUUUGCGCAUUAGAUAGGUGGUAUGCCACCAGGAUGAAGUACAUACCUGGAUUAGAGAAGCAAAUAUUAAUGAUGUGUAUGAAAGAGUUCGCAACAUACAAAAACAGUUAGGAAUUAAAAGCACAUAAAACAGAGUGUGUGCUUUUGCCAAAGUUUCUCCUUUUUUUUGUUGGUCCUUCUAUCGCGAUCAACACGUCGGUUGUAAAAUUUGCGUGAUUGACAGCAAUAAAAGUGUCGAAAUGAAGUGGUAAUCGAGUUUUGUGUAUAAAUCAUCAUAAGAAACAUCUGCUAUGUACGAAAGCCAGUAAAUAACCUUUCUUAACGCUUUUACGAUCUUUGGCUAUUCCUUGAUUGGUAAAAAGAUUAAGAGAAUAAGCAUAUUAAUAUAGUAUAAAGAAAUCAAAAUAUAAGAAGUAAUGUGUAAAAAUAUUUUUAAAUAAUACUUUAAUCGGUUUAUUUCAUCAUCCUCGCAACAAAGGCCACCAUUUUCAAAUUGUCCGGGUGCUAGGAUUAUUUGUGUACUUCAGGUACAUAGCAAAUCUAGUAAAUACUUCAUCAUGGUCAUGUAAUUUUCAAUGGAAUUUGCCAAACUUUGCCUUUGUAGAGGAAUUUAAGAGUUGAAUCGCAUCGCAUUCAUUGUGAUAAGCCUGUUAUUUGGACAUGUUGUUAUUUGGUCGUAGUUAAUUUUCACUUAACACUUCGUCAUUGCGUGGCGUUGAAUUCAAAGCGCGGUUGUAACACAACUGAACGAAAAAUCUGACUACUAGACGCGUAGGCAGAGUUUUGGUUCAGACAAUUAUUAAGCAUGAUUGUGAGUCUAAUUGUUUAUUGUACGUCAUUGACUGUUAAUUGUUAAUUGCUCAUAUUUUAGUGAACGAUCCAUAUAAAAACUUCUUUUUUGUCCAUAGAGACUAACAAGCUCGAACAUGAACCAUUACAUUCGAUAAUUGUAUUGUAAAAGUAAUGGUGUUCUAACCAAUAACAUCUUUGAAAUAUAUUAUAGAGAAUAGAGAUUGUUAUACAAGAACUAGCUAUGCUAAGCCACGCUACGCUGUGGCUCAUUAUAAUAGUAUAAAGAAAAAUAAGAGAAAAAAAAGAAGAAAAAUGGUCAAAGAUAAAAAAGUGUGCUUGUACUUAUGGCUGCACGCAAGAAGUUAUACUUCUUUGGUCUAAUGAAGCAAAAGUCAUUAAAAUGAUUUAUUCCUCGUGCUAUUCUACGUUUUUAGAAAGAACAAUUUUGUAAAAAUCUUGCAAAGAUGGCUUUGACAAUUAAUUAUUAAAUAAUGAAUACGGCUGUACGGGCUUGAACUCUUUGCCUGUCCUAAUAAUGGACGAAGAAAGAAAUAUACGCAGAAAAUUUUAGGAACCAACUUCAACCUGUUACUUUUGUGUUAUAGUGAUGCGCGUGCAUCUUAAAAUUUCACUCUCAUCAUUUAUUCAUGACGCGCCUAAGGAAGUAUAACUUCGAAAAAUUCUGCAGUAGUUUAUACAUGAUUGUGCCUCACAAAUUGAUUUAUAUUGAGAAAGAUAAAAUCACAAAAUAAAUAAUAGUUUCAUGUUAUAUAAUAUAUAUAGGUGUACUAAAUGAUUAUAUUAAGCACAAUAAUAUAGUGAACUUUAUAUAUGUCUUAAUGAAUUAUAGAUUAUAAUAUUAUGUUAGAACCUCGCAUUCCUUUCGCAGCAAAUGAUUUUCAAUCGAAGUUUAUGUUUAAUAUGUUGUGUUCAGAGUUAUAUCCUACAGCGCCACGUUGAUGUGUCAAAAUGAGAUGAAGGAAAAUAUUAGCCUAGUAAUAUAAAAUUUACCCACUUUUUACACAAAUUAUCUUGCCCCAAAUUAAGCACAAAUAGCCUGUGUUAUGUGUUACAAGACAACGAUAUAUUUAAUACAAUAUACUUACUUAAACAUACAUAAACUCAUAUAAACGUACAUAAAUACAUUUAAACAUCCAUGACUCGGAACCAAACAUCCAUAUUCAUCAUAUAAAUGCUUGCACCUACCGGGAUUCGAACCCGAAACCUAGUGAAACCUUUAAACUGAAUUCAAAUUAUUAGUCUGGUCUAGCCAACAUAUUAGCUGCGAAUGGAAUACGAGUUCUAAAUACAAACCGAUUAGAGGGCGUACAUUAAUUACUUGAGGAGUUAAGAUGGGCGUGGGUGUCGAGUAGAAUCUCACCCAAUCUCACGUGGGGGAGAGUGGGGUCUCAGCAAAUAUCACGAUUUUUUUUUGGUUGUGAGAAAACUGUCUUAAAUUUAAGUAAUAACUGUCUUAAAGUAAGUAAUUUAAACUUAAUUAAGUGAAAAAAAAGAGUAGUUGUCUUAAGUAAUAGUCUUUAAAUAAAAAUAAUUACGUAAUUUUUUUUAAAUCAAUCUAAUGCAAUUAAGCAUAUAUAAAUCAAUUUAUAUUAAAAAUAAGCAUUUAGAAAAACCUCAUGUGAGAUUUGAGAUUUGUAGGGGAUGAUUCCCCAAAAUCUAUACAAACGAGAAAGGGAGGGUCAAUAAGUCACAAAAAUCGCCUCACGUAAUUUAUGAAUGCCCCCUUAGUGUCGGACGUCACUAAUACCUGUGUCGAUUAGUUAGUCAACUUCAAACGUUAAAACUUUAGAUAAUUUAUACAUCUAGAUAGUCUCUUGUUGUUAGACAACCGAUACAAACAGGCCAGGAAUAUUGGUUUAGUGUGCGUGACAAGGUACGUCUAACACUCGCUAUUUGUAUGACACUUUGUGUUACUGUGCGUGAAUUGCUCAAAAUAGCGGUUAGUUGUAAAGUAAUUUUUUUUUUCUUUUUCACACCUGUCUUUGUCUAUCUAGAGCCUUUUUUUAAUGAAAAUAAGGGACGGUAAUUGAUACGCCCUACCCAUUACGAUGCAGUGCCACUCAGGAUUCUUGAAAAACCCAAAAAAUCUGAGCGGCACUACAAUUACGCUCGUCACCUUGAGACAUAAGAUGUUAAAUCUCAUUUGCCCAGUAAUUAAACUAGCUUCGGCGCCCUUUACACCGAAACACAGUAAUGUUUACACAUUACUGCUUCACGGCAGAAAUAGGCGCCAUUGUAGUACCCAUAAACUAGCCGGCUUCCUGUGCAAAGGAGCCUCCCACUGGUGUCUAGACGUAUAAAUGUUCUAAGGUUAAAACCAAGUGCAAACGUUUUACCAGACGUUCAUUAUUUAUUCUCUCGUACGAAUAAGACUUUAAUGAGACGCGACAGAACCGUGCGUCCGUUGAUGUGUUUCCAGCUUUAUACCCCCUUAUUCAUAACGGUCCGCUAACUUUAAACAGCCGCUUAGGAGUGUUUUAUCUCAUUCUGACUUAGGUCAAUAGAAGAAGACAGAGUGAGAAUUAGCAAUGCUUUAAGUUAGCAAACUAUUAUGAAUAAGGGGGAUAGUGAUUAGUGCCGAUGUUGUUUCAGAGAUAUGUAUUAUGUAAUUGAUAAUUUUAUACGCUUUACAGCUUGCUCUGGUAUAUAAAGGUUGUUGUAGUUAGGCAAAGGCAUAUUUUUGCUAGUACGUUUUGUGCAGAUGAAAUAUUUUGUAACGAAUAGGUAUGAAUGUAAUUUAUAUUAUAUUUGAUGGUUGCUUAGACUAAGAGUGAUUUUGAUGGGGGAAUUAUUCAGUGUCUGUAACCGUAUGUGUUCUUAUGUACAAGAAUUUGAUAGAAAUAAUUUGUGUUUUAAUAUGAAAAAGACAUAGAUAGCAAUGAGAUAUGAAUGCAUUUUAUUAAUCGUAGACAAGAAUUGUAGUAACUGUCAAUUUAAUAAUUAUUUAUGACAAGAAAUAUGUAUUGAAUAUAUUUAUAAUAUCGGAGCAGAAUUAUUACCAACUUUAAACAAAGUAUCAUUUAAUUAUUUUCUUCAUAUUAUGAGAACAAAUAAAUAUUUACUCAGUUUGAGCGAAGAAUGGUAUUUGUGGGUAGUUCUAAAAAAGAGAUAUUAGGAGAGCUAAGUGAUUGAGAGUUAUGUAUAGGUUUGUAAACUGGGUCUUCCGACGUAACUGAUAAUACAUCUCGCUGUGUUGUGUUCUAAUUUCAGUAUUUUAUCUAUUAUAUUAAUGUUAAAUAUAUAACCAUACUUGGGUUAUAUAAUAAAUAAGUUCUUUUUAGGUUAUAUAUUAUUAAAUUCAUUUCUUUUAAUGUCACAAUGUUCCUUAUUGUUUUUGCUGAUUUGUAUCCUUGUGAAAAAAAGAUUUCUUCCUCGAAAGGUUUGUUUCCGUUGCCAACAUUUAUCAAAUUUCGUUUGAAUUACAUACUAUUGCUAAAAACCUAUGUCUGCAUCUAGCAUGAUAGUAUGUUGUCCUGACGUGUUGUAGAUGUUGAGUUUUGCCCAGACAUACAUCCUAACAAGCAGACAAAAAUCUGUAAACUACUUUUUUGGCUUCUUUAAAAAAAAAUGUACAAUGUACAGUUGUUACUUUGUUACGAUGUUAUUAUAUUUAUAGAUACCGUAAUCUAUUUUAGUAAUAGAUUUAAAGGUGGUUCCGUAAUAAUAUAGUCGGCGACUAUCUUAUAAAUUAAAAGACUCUGUCUCAUUUCAUUAGGGACCUCUACACUUUUACAGCGGAUACUAAUCGAAUAAAAAAAAAUUUCGUUUUACCACUCUGCUAAGCUAUCCCGCACACUUAAAUUAAUCCUUGAUUUACGUUUAAUAUGAAGAGGACAGAGUUUUUUCAAAAACCACACAAAAUUCAAAUAUACGCCAUAAAUUUUGGGGUUGAAACACACAUAUCCCUUGAUUGUGCGUUUUGUACUAUUUUUUUAGGAAAAGAAAUUAAUAAGUGCAUUAAUGGCGAAAAAAUAAAGAUUCCUACUAAACCUCUCUUGUUUGAUUGUUAUUAUGAACUGUUCAUGCUAAGCGUGCAAAAAGGGCAAGUGCAGAAAUAUUCUCUAUUCUGAAGUCGCCAUGCUGAAAAAACUGAUAAAAUAUAUUUCAUUAAUUGCUUCGAAAACGAUAUUGUUGGAGUGCCAAAAUUUUACGAGAUUAUACAGUGUGUCUGUUGAGCCACGGAACGAUAUUUAAGGAGACAACUAGGUACUCGAUUAUCGUUCUAAUUGUGUAACAAUAAAUAUGUUGCUUUAUUUUGGAAAAAUCUUCGUUAUAAAUAAAUGAAGUUUGGAUAUAUCACUACUUGCGUUACUAAUUUGUUAGCGCUAAUAGCACAAUAAAGUAAUAGCACAGUACUUCAACUUAAUGCUAGCGCGCCCUAAUCGACGCUCGCAUACAUACAGUUAGGCUAUGGUCUCCUAUUUUAUGCCGUACGCGGCGUCGGGCGUUGGCGUCAACGUUCAUUUCCGUGGCUUCCAACGUCUGGACGCAACGCACAGCGUCGGCGGUCAAAAGAAUCGAUAAAAUAAAAAUCGAUUUUUCUGUAUUCAAAAUUAAUCGAUUUCUGCGAAAAAUUCGUUUUUUUUUGUAUUAUUUAAAAGUACAUGCUUUUCAUAUUCCCAUUAUAAUCCUAAGAUAUUCAUGUUAACAAUUUAUCAGAUUAUAAAUCAAAUAAAAUUAUAUGAAUAAAAAAAUAAUUACAUAAUAAAAAUAAUCACAAAUUCAAAGCCAAUUUUCCCUUAAAAUUUCAAGGUUAGGAAUUAGGAAACCAAAUAGCAUUAUUGAUACAAAUUUUAGUACUAUUAAACGUUGUAUUUAUUAUAAUAAAAAUGAAAUGAUGAGCAUCCCAACAAAAAGACAAACUUAUUGUCUCAAAAACUAAAAUAUAAAUCAAAUAAAAAAAAAUUGCCAUACAUGUCCAGUCCUAUUUUAAAUUUGACUAGUUCUAAAAUAAAAUUCUUAAAAUGAGGAUUAAAAAAAAUUAAAGGACUACUCUAGUCUCAAAAACUGAAAAUCUAUUUCAGUACGUAACUAAUCGAUUUAUUAAAAAUCCAUUAAUAUCACUAUAAAAUCGAUAACAAAAAAACGAUUACAAGAAAAUAAAAAUCGAUUAUUUUUUAACAGACUUCAAAAAGGAGAAGGUUAUCAAUUCGAUCGGUUUUUAUUUUUAUGUAUGUACACCAAUUACUUUGAGAUUUAUGACCCGAUUUACGUAAUUCUUCGAUUGGACCAAAUGGCAUCUAUUUCGAUGCGAAAUAGAUGCCAUUUGGUGCUUUAAAAAUUUUACAUAGUUUGGCCCAGUAGUUUUCACUUUAUGUACAUUUAUAUCAAAAUUUUUGUCUACCUGGAUGACAUAAUUGUUUUCUGUGUACUGCUUAUUUUUUGGAGUUUUCGUUCAGGUUGAUUAUAUAUUAUUAUUAACUGACACUAAACCGUAAAAAAUAAAAAUAUGAUCUACGUUAAAAAAAACCGACUUCAAAAACUGAAAAGUAUCAAAUAACUAAAAAUUUAAUUUAAUACACCUCUUAUGCAAACCAUUACCUUUAUUAUUAAUAAAGUACUAUUAUAUAUGUGCUACCUAUAGAUAGGUUUUAAGUCGGUGCCGGUCAUCAUUUUGUGUGACGCGAGGGAUGACCUUCAUGCUGCAAUGGUUCGAAAUGACUAGAGGCGGCGCACGGUGUUCGUAUGCCGCGCGGCGUCAACACGCACGUCGACGUGUGAAAGAGACCACAACAGAAAAAUUAUAUAGUAAGCAUUGUGACGCAGCGUACGGCGUAACGAGACGUCGCGUACGGUGUAAAAUAGGAGACCAUAGCCUUAAAUUGAGUUAAAUUAGCUUCGCCACGGCAUCCGCUUCGUCAAACUUUUUGUAUGUACCAACUGUAGGUAUAAAUUUCAAGGAAACCGCUGGUUAAGCUACUGUUCUAUUACAUCUAUUAUGCUUAUAGGUCCAUGUGUUCGUAUGGUGACCAUGCGUUGUGCCAUUUAUUACUUUCGUUUACUUUUUAGUCAAUUAAUAUCUAUUUUUUGUUUUAUUUUUCAUCGGUAUACCCAGAUGUUCGCCAAAUAUCAUGUUAUCGAGUAUCGACUAGUAACUUAGCAGCCGUGCUGUAUGCCAUUCGUAAUAUGUGUGAUUUUUUGUACCGGUUUUGACGGUAUUAUUAAAUAUUUAUCUUUAUAAUGUUGGUAACGUGACAUUGAUAAACUAACAAUUGUUAUUGAUUAUAAAACUUAGAUAGAAAUGAUAUUGUAUUUGUAAAUAAAGGUACAUUAUACACAUA